GAAGAGACGGGCAGACGUGUCAGCCGUGGGCAAGCUCCAGCUCUACGAACAGGCAGACAGGCUGGUGGCAGACUCAGGCUCCAAAAGGGAUGCCAGAAGACGCCUGCAGGCAGAGUACGGCAUCAGUGAGUCUUUUGCCACGAGCCUCUUGAAGCCAGCCAAGAGAGCCAAGGUGGAGCAGUUCGUGCAGACCACUCCGCAAGGCAGAGAUGGUCUCAGGCCCCAAGGCAGCCACCUAGGCUACUGCCACCUAGGCAGCAAGAGCCUAGGCAAGAGGCUGCCAGGUCCAGGCAAGUCCCUAGGCAGGCCAGACUACCUGAAGCCGGUUUGGCAGCAGACAGCCAGGUGGAGUCAGUACGAAGAAGCCAACCAACAGACACUGUCUCCAGCAGACCUUCUAGACGACUUCCUAGACAGACUCGAGUUGCGGCUCGCAGUGAGGGAAGCCGAGGAGAAGGCAGGCACUCUGACGCCUCAGGCAGAGGCCGAGCUGCAGGCACUCCGACAGAAGCAGCAGAGCAUGCAGACGAACCAGAAGGCCAGAGAGAAGUACAAGGCCUCGCUGGUCGUCAAGUGCCAGCUUCGCAGCCGUGCCUGCCAGCAAGUCAAGAACCUCAGUCCGGCAGAAGAAAAGGCCAGAAUGGAGGUAGCCUGGAGGAUCUGGGACCAGACACUCCAGGCGGCGGCAGACCCCUCCGGCGAUCAGGCUUUGCCAGUCGCUGAGCCCCACGACUUCGCUGCGAACAGGGCAGAGACAGCGAUCACUCUGUCAGACCAGAUCCCAGUCUGGCUGAAGCCGACGCCAGGCAAAGUCCUCACCAGCCUCCUCAGGCUCAAGGUGGCCAGUGAGCAGAGGUGCUUCCAGCCACAGCGAGAGCCACAAGGACUGGUGUCGAGUUCCAUCCUGGUUGUCUAUAUGGACAACACUGCAGGCCAGAUCAUGAAGAGCUGGCGGAAGCUGCGAGCCAAUCAGCCAGAGCUCUUCGCAGACGAUGCAGUGCGGAUUUGGAGUCAGCCUGCAGCCGUGGUAGACUCCGUGAUCUACAGGUGGCAGCUGGAACUCGAGGCAGAAGAAACCCCGCAGGCACUGAACCUGGUAGACUACUUCGCAGCCGCCUGGACCCCAGACAGCCUCCACGCAGCAGCCCUGCUUCAGAGGGCACAGGUAGGUGUCGCUGCAGGCUGCACAGGCCUGAGCCAGGUCACUGACAUUGGCUUUGCCAGUCAGGCAAAGGCCGCUCUGCACAGGUGGUCCGAGGAUGUCAAGCAGGCCAUGCGGCUGAAGGCCCGCAGACAGGGAGUCCCCUGCACGUACAGGACUCAGUGCUCGGACAUUCUGAAGGCAGCCAGAGCCAUGCACAGCCAGAUGGUCAGCCAGAACCUGCAAGAAAGGACUGUCUUGCGGGCAGCCAGGCAGGGCGGUUGGCUACACUACAGGCCUGACGAGACAGGCAAGCUCCAGCUUGUCCAGGACCAGGCUUGGGCUGCAGACCUGCAGGAAGGCAACGACAAGCUGGGUGCAGACCAUCUUGCAGACAGAGAGUCGUGGGUGCAGGCAGGGCAGGUCCAGCCGUUCACAGACGAAGAGCUGAAAAGCAGCGAGAAAGCCGAUGCCAUGCAACUCGAAGCGACCUACCUGAUCAGUCAGUCCACAGGGGAGAUUGCAGGGCUCAGCCUCACAGACUUUUCGCUCGGCCUCUCAGUCCUGGCUCAGACGGAGCAAGAGUUCCUCCAGCGAGCCCAGGAGGCUCUGCCUCCUUCGCAGAGGAGGAUACUGAGAGAGGCAGUCGUGAGCCAGACCACCAGUCAGCAGCACAAGAAAAGACAGAGACAGAAGUCCAGGUUUCACGCAAAGCAGGCUUUGCAGGAGUGGCGACAGCAGAAAGGCAGACGCUCAGCUGAAACCGUGCUGAAGCAGCUCGUGCCUCGAGCGGGCAAGAAGGCAGGCAGGCCCUCACUGAAGCUGAAGCCGUCGCUGAAGCAGAAGCCUUCGCUGAAGUUCAAAGCUUCAGCCAGCAGCAAGCCCAGCCUGGCAGAGAAGGAGCUCCGCAAGGACCAGGAGAAAACCCAGGCCAGGAGCAGGCAGGCACAGCAGCAGAAGGCUCCGACAGCCUUUGACGGGCCCCUGAAGGGGAAGCAGGCCCGUGUAGUCGGAGACACAGUUGUGCCAGCCAGUCUCCGAGGCGAGGUAGUCCAGCUGUUGCAGCAGACGGACACAGAAGUCCGAGUGCAGGCAGCCUCAGGACAGCACUGGGUCAGGCAGGCAGACGUCACCACAGACUGCUGGGACAAGAUCUGGCCAGACUUCCUAGAUCUCAGCCAGGUCAGUCCCAAGACGCUCCAGGCAGAGGAGCAGCACCUGCGAGACCUGGCAGUCUACCAGAGUGGCCAGCUGCUCACAGACUCGCAGCUCCAGGCAGGCCAGCCAGCCGGACUCCAUGUCCUGCAGCCAGCACAGCUGGAAGUCAUCCUGCAGACAGGCCAGUUGCCGCAGGAGCUGCAGCCAGAGCUCCAGGCAGCUCUGCAGGCAGCCAAGCCCAUGCUCGUGCUUGCAGUCGUGCACAGCCAGACUCCCAGACACUACAGCCUCGUGGUGCUGGAAAGAGACGCAGACAAGCACAUCUCUGUGAGACUGAGAGACUCUCUGCCCAGCGAGUCAGCCUACAACAAGUGCUUGCAGCUGCAGAAGCUCUUCUUCCGGAAGGCAGGCCUGCCAGACAACAAGCCACUGCCUCCGCCGGCGGGCUCUUUCAGACAGAAAGACGGCUUCAGCUGUGGCCUCUGGGCCAUAGCCUUCGCCGAGGCAGAGUGGAGGCUCUUCCUGGGCGAAAGCAGGCAGGCACUCGACCUGGACCUCGCGACGAGAGUCGACAGGCUGAACCGGUGGAUUGUUGCCCUGCUGCGGACCAGACACUCGAGGCAGGUUCAGCAGCAGACAGCGAAGGAUGCUGCUGCAGCCUGCCAGCCACACCAGGCAGCAGCAGCAGCAGCAGCCGCAGGCCUUGCAGAAGCUGCAGUCAAGGCCAAGACUGCUGCGGAGGCUGCACAGCCGCCACAGCCUCCGGCAAAGCCAGUCUUUGGGUGCAGCAAGUGCAGGCACUCGCCUCUCGGAUGCCUUCAGUGCAACCCAGGCAAGUUGCUGAAGCAUGCUGCCAAGCAGGAAGCUGCAGAGGCAGCCGCAUCCCAGAAAGAGUCUCAGGCCGCAGAAGCCUCUCAGGCAGGUCCCUCCCACGCUCAGCCUGAGGCCGCAGCAUCUGCAGCAGAGGAGAAGACUGCGAAGCCAGAGAAGAAAGUGAAGAAGGACAAGAAGGAGGGCAAAGUGAAGAAAGAGAAGAAAGAAAAGAAAGAAAAGAAAGGCUGA